GCUUCUUUCGUCGACCCCGCCUUCCGUUCACCAGCGUUGUCUGAACAUCGCUCCUUCUGUAAACCACUGUCAGCCACUGUGCUACCGUACAACACUGCGCGCAGCCGCACACUUCCGUAAGAUCCCUGCCUUGAGUCGCACCUGCGUCUCUCCAGGAUAGACCUAUCGAGUCACGUCCUGUCCGCUUUUGACCCAGCUCACUGGUCCGGACACUUCUCGCGCCCAUGAUGGGUUUCUUGAGUAGGAAGAAGGACAAGACCGUCGACGACGAUGCCUCCAGCACGAAGAAGGGGAAGAAGGGGAAGAAGGCUCAGGUGGAGGAGCCCAAGCCAAACUUUGAUCUAGGAUCGGUCUUGCCAAGCACAGAUGACUUCCGAACAAGUCUGAUCUUGCCUGGCUUGUCCACGCGUUUCAGCAUGUUGAGAGAGCAGGAUGAUCCCAGCUCGAUGCUGGGCAAGGCCAGCGACGACAGCGUCCUUGCACCGAAGCGGUCGUCUCGCCUGCAUGAGUUUGGCUUUGCCCCCGGUGGGCUGUCCGAUAUUGCCGAAGUCUCGUCUCUCAGUAGUUCCGUUCGACCACCCUUGUCCGCCCAGCGUAAAAGCUCGUUUGACAGCGACAGGACGGGAGAUCCAUCUGGCGGCAGCGUGAUGACCCGAGCGAGGCCUGUUGAGGGCAAUGUGCUGUUUGGUGGCCGUCAGAAUAUCUUCGUUUCCAACAACACCACCCUGAGGAACCUGGGAUCGUCCAUAUACGACGAUGAGGUCAGCAUGUCAGCCUACCAACGCAUACGAGCAGAAGAGAAGGAACGGUUACGACUGGAGGCCGAGUCACGGAACGAACUGAAUUCGGAGCCAUCCAGUCCGACGGCUCUCAGUCGAAAGAGAGAAACCGCGUCAUCCACGACCUCUGGCCCUGAGAACACCCGCACAUCGACGGCCGCCACGUCGAUAACGUCUCAGGGCGCUGGCGAUGCCCCUGUCACUUCGCCAGUCCUGCCCCCUUCUGCAGGACCUUUUCCAACCGCUGACGCGAACCGCUCCAUGCCCAAGCCGCGAAGACUUUACGAUCAAGGUCUCGAUCAGCACAUCCAGGAGCAGCAGUCAUCAGCUAUGAACAGACUGAACUCGAUCCAGCGAGCGCGGGCGCCAACCGGGCGUUCAACUCCUCCGAUUCCACUCUCUCAAGCACGAUCUGCGACAAGUUUGAAUGACCGUUUCCACCGGGGCCCCAUGUUUCGCUCGGACAGUCCAAACGCAGUGGUACACCCUGGUAUGGCCCGGAAGAACUCUCAGCUUUCCAGCGGCGCCUCUAGUCCCGUUGUAUCUCAGUCACAGUCGCCUCCGCCAGGCAGCCCAGUCACCAGUGAUGUCGGCGACAAGCUGCCUCUGACAUCUGCUCUCCAGCAAGGUGAUCGCGGCAAGGCUACUGCUAUGGGUGCGUUCAACAAGCCUAAGGAAGCCUUCAGCGAGCAACAAUACGCGGAGCGUCUGCGUCAGAUGCGGGUCGAUCGCGAAGGAGCUCAGGAGGUGCCCGGGUUUCCAGCCCCCGUCAUGGAGCCUGUGCCCAAGAGCGAAAAGUCGCCCCCUAGGAAGCCCACCCUUCGCGAGCGUGCAGAGGAGGAGAAGCGAAAGCGGUCUGAAAGCAUUGGCCGUCAGAGGUCAGAAUCGUCUGCUUCCUCUGGUGAUGCGAACCAAGCCGCGGCGGGCAUCUCCGCUUUCCAGGCUGCUGCAAACCGCAUGAAGGCCGCUGCCAAUGCGAACCAAUCUCCAUUCAUGCCUGCAAUGUCGCAACCUCGGCAGAAAUCACCAGCCGAGCGAACUCCUGCUGCCUUCUUGGCCGCCCCAGAAUCCAGCGAUGAAGAAGAGCCAGCUCAAACUAGGCCUACGACCGCUCGCACCACAGACACUACGCGUCGUUUCGAGAACCUACCCGUCGCAACGGGCCCUGCACCUUCUAUCUUCGAGCAUCCCGCUAUGCGGUCUCGUGAAGUUUCGGAAGAGCAUGUUCCACAGGUAGUCUCACAAGUCUCCAGCCCGAUGCUGCCUCUCGGCGUCUCCCCAAAACCUGAUCACAUCGCGGACAGAGAAUUGGAUUCACCUACACUGGGACCAAACAACGGAGGGCUGAGUGGUAUGAUCCGUCAACAUCUUCGUAGCGACAGUAACCUAUCUUCCAACUACGGCGAAACUGACUAUUAUUCGCCUGCGCCUGUCGGCCUAGCUAUUCAAACUCAGGGCAUGGGACUCCAGCCACGUCAGCGAAGCUCGGAUUCGGCUACACCUGCGCCUUCCACUUACAGCCACUCAAACCCUUGGGAUCUGGACGACCUUGACAACCCGUCUCGCGGUAGUUUCAGCUCGGGCAGUCCCGUCGAUGGACAGCGCACCAACGCCGGUCUGGGCCAACAGUGGGACACCCGAAGGAACCACGAACGUAUUGCUAGCAACGAGACGGAAGCAGAGCACGAGGCUUUCCAGCGCGAUCUUGCUCAGCGCCAGCGCGUUAUCCAAGAGAAUCUCCGCGCCCGGGCGGAGGGUCGAUCUACGAGUCCGGCCCCUGGCUCUGCUGGAGGCUUGAAGAACGCCCUAAACAUGCUUCGCGCAAAGUCCAGCCGAGAGUCCUUCGCGAUUGUUGAGAGACAACAGGCAGACAUGCCCCACAAGGGUCUGCGAAAGGCCAACUUGGGCUCGGGAUCAGGCAAUGCUAGCACUACCUCGCUGGUAGGAUCUUUCAUUGGUGAACACUGGAAGGCCGAGAUGCCCACUCUGAAGUCCAAGUCGUCUCGUCUGGGCCAGCAGAAUGACCAAGAAUCGCAGCGUGAGGUUGGAGGCAGACAACGAUCUGGAACUGAUAGCAGCAGAGUGGGACGGCCGGUAGGUCGUUCGCCUCCCAUGAUGAGCAGGAGUUCCACUCGUGAGCGCUCGGGUUCUGGUACCUCAUCUGGCCGCUCACUCAGUCGUCCUGGUCAGCCGGAGAUUGACAACACCUACCCCCUGCCAGCUAACCGUCCGUCCGUUGAGAGCCAAGGCCGUACUCGGUCUCGCAGCAACAGCUACUUCGAGUCGAAGCAUUUGCACCCGAUCCAGACGAACACGCCCCAUCCUCCGCUCCCAGUUCCUUCCGGCUUACCUCACCAAAAGUACUCGCCGGGCCUCCCGAUCUCGCCAAGACCUUCCCCUGGUGGCUUGACUAGCCCGAAUAUGCACGCUUACCAACCUCAAGGUUCACCAGUGCCUCCCUUUUCGGCCACCCCCACUCCCCCUGCCUCCAACCCCACAACACCGAAUGCCGCUGCUUUCAAUGCAGCCAUUGGUCAGCCAAACAUUAGACAGGGUGUGCUGCGCAAGAAGUCAAUUGCCAAGUCGGAGAUUUCGGAGCCAGUCUUCUUGUCCACCACAUCUGUCAUCGACACGGUCAGCCUACCUGCUGGAGCGUCACUGAAAAAUGGCUCCGAGCCGUAUGCACCACCGCCCGUUCCACCGAUCAAUCCGAUGAGGCGCCGCUUCGGGUUUGGCCGCUCUGACAGCGACAAGUCUACUGAUGGACCGACAAGCCACGCGGAUUUCGAUGCUCCAAGAGCGCCCUUCGCUGAUACUCCACGCACCAACUCUCACGACGGGACCAGCCAAAUCCCACAGCCUAGAAACAGGCUGAGGAAGAGCUCAAGUGAGAGCCGGAGCCUCUACGGCAUGACGCAAGGUCAGACUGGAGCUGUCCCAGCCAUGCCUCCUACCGGCUUCCUUGGUCGCAACAACGCCGCUCCCCGUCCGAUGAACCAGCAACACAUGGCUCAGCAAAAAAUGGACGGUGCUAUGUUCUAAUUGCUGGUACAUCUGACACUGCUCAUGUACCGGACAAGCCACUUCUGCCUGCUUUUAUUCGCAUGGCCCAUUUACACUGCUUCCAAGAAUUUAGACCUUUCCAGUCCGAAUUUCUGGUCUUUCACCUUUUGUCUU